AAAAAAAAGCACAAGAAACGGGUAAUCUCGCUGCUGACAGCCACGUAAAACGAUCCUUUGUUGAAAACAUUUCGUGCUCAUAGUAUCGUAUAAAAUUAAUUGACUUUCGCGCGGCAUAGAAAACAGUACAGUGUCCGUAUCCGUAGCGAAAUUUCAGGGAUUUUUCAUGUACGCCCGUGUGCGCCGCGUCGGCCAUUUUGCUUUCCCCGCACGUCUUUCUCUGACAUGUCUUUCCCUAAUGUUAUUAUCUCGAUGAAUGUUGAAAUUUGUGCGUGAAUCACUCCGAGUUAUUGUUCGAGGAAAGUGACCUGCUCGCAGUCAAAGAUCGACUCGUGCUUGAACAGUGAGACAGACAUCGCCGUUGUCGGGAGAGCGAUUCCCGUUGCCGUUCCAACCUCAGUUGCACCCUACCGAAACACGGAGUUAACAACAGGCAGCCUUCCGACAACCGAUUACGAGCGAUCCGAUCCGUUCACCAGGUGCGAAAUGCUGCGAGACUCGUCCGGAGAGCGCUUCUGGCCACGUCGCUGACACCCCCAUCACGGUAUUUUGCACGAUGUCCUGUUGUCAAUGUAACGAGCAAAUCCUAACCUAACCAAAAAAAACAUCGUUGAUCAGAGCGACGUCGUGUGUGCUUAUGUCAACAGUGGAGAGAAAAUCACGUUUGAUGAUAUGGCUCUGGUCCCGCUUCUGAGAUCGUCGAAACACAAAAAGUCUCUGGAAGUGUCCGUCGUCCCUGACAUCUGCCCAACGUGGGUGCUCAGACAUGUGUAGGAUACGUUUGGUUUAAGACUACUAUGCGAGGCAAGGAUUGUUUUUAUCCUGAUCUAGCAAUGGACUAAGUUCACGCUUAUUGCUUGAACCAGGAAACUCAUAUAAUUUGCUCUGUUGCAUAUAUAUAUAUGUAUACAUAUAUUGAUACAAAUCCAAGUGAUUAAUGUGAAUCCUAUUAGUACUGUUUAGCUUUAAAUAAUAUUGAUUACACCUAAAGUAUUAUCUUUGUAAAAAUAAUAUUUCGGGUAUCAAAUUGACAAAAGAAUUGUUUUACAAGCUGUACAUGUAUCAUUCUGUAUAAUUACUACUGAAAUCUGACGCAAGUUCCAUGACUUUACUUAUACAUGUGUAUCCGAGGAAGUGAGAAAAAUCAGAAACAUAAUGCAUUGAUAAGUAUACUCAAAUGUGACUGGUUCAUACGUUUAUUUUUUACUGUAUUAUCUUUAACUUGCUAUAUCUCUUGUACAAUAUCUUUACAUGUUAUCCUAAUGCUAAUAAGUUUGGGUUUUUUUUUACCUAGCAAACAUAACAAAUAUCUGUGAUAAUAACACAAUAAGACAUUUUUUUUCAUACUUACAGUAUUAUAUUUUUAAAUUGAUAUAGUUUGUUACUUGGCUCUUGGCACAUAGCGUGAACUAAGUUUUACCUAGAUAGGAAGAGAGUUGACUUGGAGGAUUUGAGAAUGCAGGUGGAACAGAUCUGGACAGAAGCAGCAACCAAUGAAGGUCCCUAUUACCGAAAAUUCAAACAUGGAUAAACUGAAGUUUUCGGACCGUUUGAAGGCUUUGCUGAAAACUGAGGCUCAACAAGAUGUUGAUCCGUACAUUUUCAGUGAACCAGAACCAUUCACUGCAGUGGGAAGAAAUGCUAACAUGGUUCCAACAACACAUUCAAAAGUAAUGCAAAACUGUAAGAACAACAAAUCGAAAGGAAAAUGCAUAAAGCAAAGAAUAAGAGUAGCGCCCAUGCCGGAUGCAAGCUACAAGACUAUCGGCAUUAACGCUACGGCGGAAACAAAUGUUGAGAGUAGCAUCGAGGAAAAUUUAGAUCAUAAAUUUUCUAACGUAGUUCAGCGUAAACAGCGGCAUAUUGAAAAUUUACAAAGAUUAAAACGUAGGAAACAAAGUCGGGACCAUACUCUGUUGUAUUAUCCUAGAGCUGGAGAUGAAAUAUCGGACAGCGAAUCGAGCGGAGAUGAAAUAACAACUUAUCAACGUCAUUGGUUCACCAGUGAAUCCGCGACGACAAAUCGUGCGGCUCGAUUGUCGCAAGUACGUUUGCAAUUACAACGGCAAUUGCUACAACUAAGUGUUGAUGGAGCUGACACCGAAGGUGUAUUGCGGCAUAGAGUCAAGUGUUUGUUAGAAGCCGCUUCCAAAGAUCCUGCUUCUACCGCGAGAGCUCUGAGUGAUUCUCCGAGCACCAGUAAAGUACUCAAUGGGCCGCUGUUAGUCGGCGGGCUAUGCGGAGCAGAAGGAUGCCAACAGACGUCUUUGCCUUGUACCCGGCAUUGUUCCCGCCACAUUAUGUUAAAUGGAGAUCAGCUCUUAUUUGAGCAUUGCACUGCCAAGUUUAGUGACAACACACAGUGUUGUGUUCCUGUGUUUGAUGUCGCGCACGAAUUACCUCUUUGUCCAGAACAUGCGAGAAAAAGAGACAAUUGUCUCCGCAAAGCCCAAGAACCCAAACCAAAGAAAGCUCGUAAGAAACCAACUUCUCCCACCAUCCCAGCAAAGCCUAAACCUAAGCCUAAACCGAAGAAACGCAAACGGCCACCCUCGAACAAAAUGGAGACUACGAAGGAUGUUGCGCUGAUGCACGAGGACAAUCACUACAUGAACCAAAUAAACUGUAGUGAAAAUCACGCCAAGACGUUAAACAAUUUGACUAUACCGCAAGGAAGUUCAAAUACGUCUAACUUGAAUUUAGGAUUGGGAUUAGGUUCUCUCGGGCUGGGCAGCGGACUCAAAGUUGAACUUGGAGAUAACGAAGUAUUCGCUUCUUUGGAUUCUGCCGAGCAUGACUUCGGUAACGUGCUCAACAACUUGCCUCCGGAUGCCUUCAACGACUUAUUUAUCGAAGGUAGGAAUGGUGAUUAUGAACCGUCGAGAGAAGAGGAAGAGGAAUUGCAACGGGCUUUGGAAGAAGUUGAUAAAGAUGUACGAAAUUUGGAGAGAAUGGGGCAAACUCAUGGACUUUUAGAGCCGGCUUUGCUCGCUCAGCUUAUGUCGGACAUUGCCUCGUAGCCCCAUAAGUUUUAAUCUAUUAAUUUUCGGAAAUGAGUUCGCGUGUGUUCCUUACUGUAACGUAGAAAGAAGUACUGUUUGUGCUGCUAAACGUAAAAUUGCGUUCUAGACUGUUAUUAUAUAGCCACGCAAGUCCGAGAUAAUGGCAGGGAUUGACAUACAGAAAGUAACAAAAAAAAAGCAACAAAGAAAAACACAAUAGCAAACUUACGAAUUUAGUGUAAAAAAAAAAAAAAAAUAACAGCGUCGAGUGCACGGAUAGGUUUAUCAGAUGAGUAAAAAAAAGACGUCAAAAACAAAAAAAAAACAAAAAAAAAACCGAGAAUUCCAUCCUUUAAGACAAAUAAUCACGGACACUUUCUUGCGUCGUCAUCGUAUUCGCAAUAUAUUUGUAGCUUAUUCCCAGAUAUUUUGACUUGCACGUGAGAAAAAUUUGCUUAGAGAAAUUGUUGUAGAUGUAAAUUGAUAGAUUGCAAUCGAGUUUUGAGCGUCAGUAGAAUGUGAAACAACAACAACAAAAACAAAGUGAAGGGAAGAGAGCAGUGUUACAUGAGCGAGACUAGAUUUUCAACACACGAGCUAAAAAUAUGGUACGUGGUUUUCAUUUUUAUAUAUACACGGCUUGUUUUUACUAAUUAGCAGGAAUUAUCUAAAUUACUUUAACUAAUAGAGCACCACAUAUUUAUUGAACUACACUUAAUGUUUAAUUACUAAUUACUCAAACGAUAGGUACAAAAAACAUUUUUGCGACUGAUUGUAAUGAUUUUGUCUGUUAUAUAUCGAUCAUAUAUUUAUAAUGAUGAAAUUGAAAGAAUUUUGGCUCACGAGCCAAGAGUAAUCUAAUGAUUGAAAAAUAAUUGGAAAAAAUAUUUGAUAUUCGCGUAACUACUUUGUAUGUGUAUAAUUCUCAUUAGUAGUGAAAAUUGUCGUAGUAGAAUUUACUCAUUAAUUUGCAGCUCAUUGAAUAAUCAAUGAUUCAGUUCGAGAUAAAACGUUAUGCAAACACACACAGUAUCAUUCUUUUUGAAAAUAUAUCCGAAUAUGUAUUUAAAUAAAAACUACAGUUUUUUCACGCAGUUUAAUUCUCAUUAGGAAACUCUGUGCAUAGAAUAUAUUUAUACAAACUCACGACUGAAUUUGUAAGAAAACUAUACAUAUGUCUACAUAAAUAUACAUAAUGUUGAUAUAUAAAGAAAAAAAAAUAAUCACGCGUUCUUUUAUCUGAUUGCAAUAAUACAGCUACAAGUAAUCACAUUUAUUAAACAUGAUUAUUCGAUAAUACGAUAAUGUGCAUAAUCAAUAUAUUGUCAGUUUGUCUAUUCUGUAUUAUAUAUUCAUGUAGACAGAUGUUCACUGAAUAGUUGUAGCAUCUAAGUGAAAUAUGAAAAUGGGCAAGACAAAUUAGCGUUGAGAGAACAACGUUCAUUUUUCAACAUUGUUACUAAAUGUGCAACUUGCUUUGCAGCCUUAAAUGAAAAAGAUGACACGCUUUGUACUGGUCAGAAUCAGGAAAAAAAAAAAAAUAUCGUUCUCACAUAUACACAUUUCAAAGGAAUUUUCUUCGAUAAUUAUUUUAGGAGAGAAUUUUUUAAUGUAUAUGUGCAGGCACAGAUUCUGAAAGUAAAACUAGAUUGGUGCAUUGUUCGCGUGAAUGGGCUAAAUUACGUACUGCCAUUUGACUUAUAGAUAUUGUGUGUAGCACAGUAAAUUGUUACUGCAACAUCAUUAUAUACGUGGUGUAACUAACAGUUAGUAAUAUUAAAAAAAAACGGAUAAAGUGCGCAAUACAACAUGGAUUAUCAUAAUUUUUAAUACAUAUCGUAAUAAAAUGUGAGAAACAAGUAACUCCAAUGUAUCCGUGUACGUAACUCUUGCUACCAGUGAACAAACAUUCAAAAGAUAUUUGUUAUUACGCGAAACAGUAAUAAAUAAUUAUACAUGUAUACAUGUGUGCAGUGACAGACGAUGUUUUAGAGAAAUCUAGUUUUUAUUGUCAAAAUCGUUGUGCCAAAACAAAAAUCGACGAGACCGAGAAUGUUUCCAUUUUCUUUUUGUGUUGCAAUAACGCGUGUCACUUAUUCAAAAGAAACGGGUCGCAGAAGAACAUACCGCACUUUAGUAAGUAAUGAAUGUUUAGAUGAAUGCGAGUGAUUGCAAAUGGUCUAGCAGUAAGUUUUAUCACAUGUAAAUGCAAGUGGAGACAAAAUAAUUUGCAAGAUCGAACCCAUAUUGGGGAUUGAAUUAGCAACGUAUGUAUUGUUACUACGUAUGACAGUAGUUAAGUAGAAACAAUAAUUAUUUAUAGACACAGGACAAUGCCGAAUUUAAUCAUAACGUAAGUGCAUUGCUUGAGAUGUAUCUAUAUGUGUAUCUUUUCUUGUAAAAUAUCAGCAUUAUUACUCUUGA